GCACAUCCAAGUUAAACUAACCCCCAAAAACCCCUCGAAUGUAAUCUCUCUGAUACUGGUAAAACAGAACUCAAGGCUGCAGGACAACAAGGUAGUGUGAUGCUGUCAGGGCCUGGGUUUUGCACUAUUUAUCCACCCCUAGGAAGCCCUGAUGCUUUAUUUUGGGUUGCAUAGUUUCUGUACCCACUGUUGAAGAGCCAGUCUAAUCUAAGAAUUAAGAGUGUCAAAGUCUUAGAAGACUUGACCAAGCUUUCAGUUUAACAAAUUACCUUGCUGGGUUGGAUAAUACAGUGGAUUAAGUCUCCUUAACAGUUCUCAGUGAAUUACUUGUCCUCACCUGCAGUAGAGGUACAACUGACUGCUAAAGUUAGAUUAAAUCCUGUAGCAGCUGUUGAGAUUUAGCGGAAUUAUCAAUUAGUUAGCAUUUCCUCUGUUAAUCUUAUUUCCUUGUUUGAUGUUAUUUAUUUAUUUAUUUGGUUCUAACAAUGCUAAUGUUGUUUAAUUCUGGUAAUGAUGAAAAAGUUAGUCACAAGAUUCUUUCCCAGUUCUUGAUUAUGAACUUGCCCCUAUAUCUCCAUAUAUUGUGUGGAUCCAGGAUCCUUCAGUUUUAAUUUUAAUAAAAAAUUUGUCACCUCCUGUGCUUGUAAACUUCCAUUGCAUAGAGUACUCUAAUCUCAAAAUUAGGCUUUUUGAAAAUAAAAGGUUAAACUAAGUAGAUAUUAAAUGGGAAGGUUUUUUUGUAAAAUGAGUGAAUGUAUUCAAGACGGUAUGAAACAUGAGGACUGAUGAAGUCUAGGAAGCCUUAGUGUUCAUUUUCAGUCAACCACUUUGCUAAUUGCUGAGUGAACUCUCUAUAUGGUUGGCGUUUAAUGAUUUGAGAAUGAAUCACAAUAAACUUUUAGGUUCAUCAUCAUUAAGUUAUCAAUCAUUAAAGAAUAUAGGAGAUGUUUUUUUCUUCUUUCUUGAGCCAGAAUACCUUCUUUUCAUGUAAUAUGUCCAUAUUUGCCAAACCCUGUGUUUAUAAAACAAACUUGUGUUUCUGCCAAGGUUAUAAUGAUGAUUGUACUAAACGGCUUCUCUUAUUAGUUUGCAGGCUGAAGUCAUCUGUCAGCUUUCUUACUCGACCAGAUCGACCAAAUAUUGCCUAUCAGAAACUUAAAGGGAGGAAUCCAGGGGUUAUUUUCCUUCCAGGCUUCAAUUCAAAUAUGAAUGGUCAGAAAGCAACUGCCCUUGAAGAUUUCUGCAAAUCCUUAGGCCAUGCCUUCGUCAGAUUUGACUAUACAGGAUGUGGAAGUUCAGAUGGUAAAUUUGAAGAGUGUACAAUUGGGAAGUGGAGAAAAGAUGUUCUGUCUAUAUUGGAUGAACUUACAGAAGGACCACAGAUUCUGGUGGGCUCCAGCAUGGGUGGAUGGCUGAUGCUUCAUGCAGCAAUAGCACGCCCAGAUAAAGUAGCUGCUCUGGUUGGAGUAGCUGUAGCAGCAGAUCAUGUUGUAACAUCUUUUAAGAGGCUUCCCAUUGAGGCACAAAAAGAAAUAGAAGAAAAGGGUGAAUGGAAAUAUCGAACAAAGCACAAUGAGGCAGGCUAUUACUCCUUGACCUACGACUUUAUCAGAGAAGCAGAAAACCACUGUGUGCUGAAUAGUCCUAUUCCUGUGACGUGUCCUGUACGCCUUAUCCAUGGCAUGGAGGAUGGGGAUGUCCCCUGGCAGAUCUCUAUGCAAGUUGCUGACCGUGUUUUGAGCAAGGACGUGGAUGUUAUCCUCCGCAAAAUCGGCCAGCAUCGGAUGAGUGACAAGGAGGAUACAAAGCUCCUUGUGAAUACUGUUGAUGAUCUCAUUGACAAGCUGUCAACAGUAGCAUAAGCUGAAGAGUAGCAUUAGUGCAUGAACUCUACACCUGACUCUUUUCCUUGAGUAACAGAAGCCUUGUUCUUACCCAGAUGGUGGCAGGCCUUUGACUGUCACAGUAGGAACUGAGCUUUAUCUGCUGUUUCCUUACCUCUGUUUCGUAAAUACAGGUAUUGUAUUAUUGCUGCAUUUGCACACAGUCCAAAGUGUGAAGGAGUGCUGCUACUGUGUUCAGAACCUCUCCUUCACCACUCUAACCAUUUUUUUCACAAAUUUCCUACAGUUUUGUACUGACAUGUUGAUUAUUUUUUGUUACUAUUGGGCUGCACAGUAAAACUUUAAUUUCACAUCUUUGACACCUGUUAUUGUCCUUCUGCUGUAACAUCAUUGUAUCUUAUGUCUGAAACCAUCUGUGCAAGGCAAAAUACAACUUGAGUGUUUACUGAAGUUAGUUAUUAGAAUAGUGAGUACCAUGAAACACAAUAAACAGAUUUCAGAUAAAUGGUUAUUUUGUUCUGAAAUGCUGUUAAAAAGUGGAAGGCACACCCUGAUGGUGUGCUUGGGGUACUACAUAGGGAAGAAUUUGACUUUUAAGAAUGCAGGGCCUCAAAGCCUUAAGAGCUCUUUAUCUGUGCUUAUCAGGAGGAUGUGUGUCAUCUUCUCCAGACUGUCUGUCGUUGUUCAUUUGUGGGCAUACUGUUAAGGGAACAAUAAAUAAUCUUGGUGUAAACUGAAACUGGAUCAAUAAGGUGACUUUAUAGUAACUUCUUCAAAGUGGGGAGUACAGUGCCACCGAGCACUGCUGCCUCUUUCCCAUGACUUGAGAGCUGUGGAUUGCUGGGAACAGUGUCUUCUUCAGCUGAGUCCAACCCUGAGAAGCUGUAAAUGAAACUUGAGAGUUGGAUAAUUCUUAAAAUGUAAGUCCAUAGAAUUUAAUAGGAAAUGGAUUUAAUUGCAAAUAGGAUUGUUAACUGGGUUUUAUACAGUGCCAUUUGUACACUUGAGAGAGAGGAGCUUAGGUGAGAAGUUGGAAUUAGUUCAGGCCGGCCUUAAUGUGUAACAUCAGUCAAAAGCAUGUAAAUUGUUUCUGUGUUCGUUAUUUGAAGUAGUAAAUGGCAUCACUACUGUUACCUUAAAAGACUAAAGCUGCUGGGGGUAAGGUAUUUCUAGAGAGUUUGUCAUUUUCAGUUCUAGCUAUGUCACUAGAAGUGUGCUCAAUGGGACUUUGCUGAGGUAGUGGGUUUUAAUUUUAAAAAAAACACCGCAAACAAGUAAAAAAAAAAAAAA